AUGACUAGCAUUAGCAAGCUGAACGAUCUCCAUGGCCAUGGAGUUCCAAUUACUGUUCGUCGAGCUGGCAAGCUAGUCUACCGCCACGCAAUUCAAGUUCGUAGAGGCGACGGCGACGGGACGUACGACGUCAUCACGGUCUGUCCAGGGUUGGGCUCUUCAGGUUCAGGGAGCCAAGUUCGUCGCUUGUCUCGAGAUGAGUGGGCCAAAUCAUGGUUGGGUGAUCCUGCACAAGUGCAGUACACAGAAUUUCCGGAUAGAAACACGUACGAUCAUGAUGAAAUAGCCAAACGAGCUGAACUGGCAUUGGAACAAGACAGCAACGGAGUCUACUUACCAGCAAUUAACAGCGACAAACAUUUCGUUAAAAGAAUGGCUGUGAGGCUUGGACGAAAUGAAUGGGACAAAUCGCCAUCAGAGGUGGUCACCGAUAAAGCCAUUGCUAGGGUGCGUGUCUACAGUCCACAUCUCGAACUCGAUGUUGGUGACGUCGUGUACGUUUUGAGAUAUAACAUCUUAGGUUUUCAACCCUAUUGCCACGUAGGAGUCGUCCAAUCUAUGAAACCUGAGAUCCGAAUAUUUCAUUACAACAGACAACCGCCACUGUCGGAUAACAAAACAGAUAAAGCAGAUGUAACAACCUCAGCGAGCGAUGAAGCAGUGCCAAAGGGCUACCUUCACACAACUCCUCUACAACAAUUUCUCAAACCAUCAGGUGUUAACGACAGAGGACUGUACCGUGCAGUGUUUAUGGACGGGACGACGCGUACUAAGAAAGACAUAUUAGAUCGUAUUAGAAGAUUUGAAGAAGAAAAAGAUCCAGAAAUAUUCCACGAAUGGGCUGGCUUAGACCCAAAAACUUCGCCUCACCUCGAAACAGCAUAUAAUUUGGUAGAAAGAAACUGUGAAACUGUUAUCUUUCGACUCGUUAGAGCUGAAUAUUUGACGUCUAUGUCACCUCAGGUACAUGAAUGGGUACACAAGGGAACAGUUGGAAUUGGCAAAGUUCUAUCUGCUACAAAAGACGUAUGCUGGCUUGCCAAAGGUCCCAUACGACUUGCUCUGCGCAGAAUAAUUGCGUCUAGCCCUAUCGUACUGGCAGCUGUUUCAGAGACAUUAGCAGGAUGUAUUGCAGGUGUGGCUGCAGGAGCUUUUGAAGUCAUUCUACUGAUAGGGACUCUCGCAAAAAACAAGCGGGAUCAUUCUAAGAAAAAAAUAUCCGAGGAAGAGUACGCGGUCCUAUGGUCGACUGCAUUCGCAGAAAUUGGUGUGGGAAUGGGUGGGGUAGCUUGUAUUACAGGAACAACAAUUGCAUUUGGAUUCCUUGGUGCAGCCGUUGGUGGUCCUGUUGGCGCUGGCGUCGGCAUUGCUUGUGGUGUACUAACGGGAAUCCCCAUCAUGGUAGCUACGUUUCUGGCCAAGAGGAAAGUUCGUUCAUACAAGAUUAAAAAAGGAGUAAAAGAGCACACAUCAAAGAAAGAGCCAACAUUCGAGGAAGCUGUCCAAAUGCUAACAACCGAGCAUGCUGACAAGUUUCCCAAGCAAGUGGCUCCUUUCCAACCCACCGAUCAAGAGAACGACCAACAAUGCCACGUGAUGGAAUUCUGGGUUGACGACAAGACAGGCGAACUACAGGGUCAGCUACUAGGCUAACAUGCAGUCUGAUUGGAAUGCUAGAAACAAUCCUUUACUAAUACCUGACUGAAAUGACAGCUAAUGUUUUUUUUUCUUUUGUCUUUUCUUUGCUAGGUGCUUUGCCCUACUGUGUAACUUGGAUCCCAUUUUGACAGUUUAGAAUUUCACUGUCUUCGUUAGCAUUCACAUUGUAUAUAUCUCUAUAUAUGUACACAUUAAAGAGUACAUACUUGCAGACAUACAA